GAACUUUGGUAUGAGAUCUUUAUUCAGAAAAGAAGAUGGCGGACGUUGGCAAUCAUCUUGACGAAACUGUCCGGGAUCAGUGGGAAAGCCCGGUACAAUGGGACGCCAGGAAGAAGUUCAUCCUUCACAACUGGGACCAACAUCCAGAGGACCAGCUGGUGUGUCUGUCGAACGUCUGGGCCAAUAUGGAGUUCCUUGGAUGCAGAUACAACCCUGUAGUAGAACAGAGAGUAAAGGAAAUGGCAGCAGGCAUGCCAGAGUUCCAGAAACCAGAACUCCCUCAGGUGGUAACAGAGACUUGAAAACCCCAAGUCAUCCUCCUCACAAGAGACUGAAGCACAUUGACUUGAAGAAGAUGAUCAAGUUCAAAUCUGGAGGGGUACUUGGGGAGGAGGGAAGGAAGUCGGAAGAGCAGCCACCGAUGAAACAAGAGACAGAGGAGGGGGGUUCAUUUGAGGCAUCUACAUUUUCUGUUCAGCCAAGCACAUCUUCUUCAUUGUUAGGUAGAAAUGAAGUUCAGGAAGAAAGCGGGGUUGGUAGUACUGCAAAAAGCAGCACAGUUUCUACAUCCCAACCAUCACCAU